AUGUGCACCAAUUAUGACAUGACUGACGAUCAAACGAUAUCAAAUAUGAAUAACGAAACUCACUUAAAUCCUACCCUUGGCGAACAAUCAUUCAAAUCAUUGUCUCUCGAAGAUCUCGUCAAAUCAUUUGAUAAUACAAUCAAUGCCUGUUUUUCUACGGAACCAGUCGUCGAAAUUCGAGAAGAAUUACCGAUUCCACAAAAAGAUCUUGUUGCCUCAUCAAAUACCUGGUCGCAACUGAUUGAAAAUCUCCGUACAUCACUUCGCAAUGAUUUGAAACUUCCAAAUAUCUCUCAAAGUUGUCAAACAGCAAUGAAUAGUAUCUACGAACAAAAUCAGCAAUCAAAAAUGAAUGAUGAUAAUAUAACAUCCAUCGAUGAUUUGAAUGAAGACGAAGAAGAAGAAUUACGUGAACAAUUAGAUAUGCAUUCAGUUAUACUCGCUGCUAAUCACGAACCAUUCUUAACUGCUGAACAAGUGAUUAGUGAAAUUGAUUUCAUGUUGCAAGACAUGACACCUGAUUCGGGUUAUUGUGAUGAUCAAUCGCCAACAGAUAUGCUGGAUAUUUGUACACGACGUGUGAAAUACUUAUCAGCAAGUGUGCAGAAUGAUGAAUUCGAUUUGAAAUCACAAACGAUUUAUUCAUUAAAUGAACUCUAUGAUGAACUGAAUGCAUCUGUGAAAGAAUUGUCAAGUUUACUUGUUCAAGAAUUAGCUGUCCGGGAUGAACUUGAGUUUGAAAAAGAAACCAAAAAUACGUUUAUUUCAUUAGUCUUGAGCAUUCAAAAUAAACGUCGACAUCAUCACCAGGGAGAGAAACGUCCGAAACGUCGUUCGUUAUUGGGAAACAGCAAUUAUGUCGAACCGGGAACGACUACGAUGCAUCCCGUAUUCAAAGCUUUGACAACUAGCUGGCAUGAAAUAUUUCCAAAGACUCAGUAUUUAACCACGGUGAUACCAUAUGACCGCGAACAUCCCACUUAUUUGUCUGUCGAUCAUUUGCAAAGUUUAAAUAAAAUUCUUCAUGCAAUUAAUGAAGAUAGUCCUCAAGUUCCAGACCUGCUAACCAAGUACAUUCUCAAUGUUCUGUGCCCAUGCUGA